AAAUGAAUAUUUUGAAUAAAGUUCGUCAAAUAUAAAAGGAAUUCUAGGCCUUAAUCCUUAAAAUAUGAACUUCCUAACCAUAAGCUUCCUUGUUCUCGGCUUGGUAUCGGUUCGACUGUUGAGUGUUCCCCCGAAUCCAAAGCGCAAUGAGAUCGCCUGGGACGAGUCCAUUAGGGAUAUGGGUUUUGAUAUCACCACAUCCGGGUUAAGCUUCAAUGCCAACGAUACGGGGAUGGAGGUCAGGACCUUCGAGAGAAGCAGAGAACCCAAAUCGCCUCAGAUGGCCAGGUACACCGACAUGGGAGAAAUGGGUCAAAUGCGUGUCUAUAAUGUCGGGGUGCUGAUGGCUUCUCAUUUGGAUUCCCCGUUCGACUUGGAACGAUGCGGACCUGCCGUGGAUUUGGCUCUGGAUCAGAUUAAUAAGGUGUUUCUUCGUCCUCACAACAUCACUCUGGUGAAGAAAAAGGCGAGUUACCCCUCCUGUUCGGGAGCCCGGGCUCCAGGACUUGCCGCCGAUAUGCAUUUCCAGGACGACGUAAUCGCCUUCAUUGGACCGGCCUGUGCGUUUGCCCUUGAACCGGUUGCACGUUUGGCCGCCUACUGGAACACGCCCAUCAUUACCGGCAUGGGGGAUCAGCCACCUUCCUCGGAGGGUGAGCUAACGGUGACCUCUGGCAUCCUGGGGAGGAUACACAAGUGGAAGAACGAGAAUACGGGCAUGUUCAAGGACAAAUCGAAGUACCCCACCCUCACCCGGAUGUCCUACUGCCAGUGCAGGCUAAUCCUCGUCUUUGCCAGUGUCUUUCGCCAGUUCAACUGGCGUCAUGUGGCCCUGUUGGUGGACAGAUCGGAGCUCUUCUCGUGGACGGUGGGCAAGAAUUUGGAGUACGGGCUUAGACAGGAGGGACUGCUGAGCUUUGUGAGGGAGCUGAAUGGCAACGAGGAGGAGAUAUAUGAGAACUAUCUCAAAGAUGCCAGCAUGUAUGCAAGAGUUGUCAUCUUGUCAGUUCGAGGGGUUUUGGUGCGAAAGUUCAUGCUGGCGGCUCAUAGUCUGGGCAUGACCAAUGGCGAAUGGGUCUUCCUCGACGUGGAGAUCUUCCAGAGCGACUACUGGGGCGACAAGGGCUGGGAGAAUAAGGACGAGAACGAUGCCAAGGCCAGGAAAGCCUACGAAGCCCUGCUCCGGGUGAGCCUGUUGCAGCCGACCAGCCCCAAGUUUCAGGAUUUCGCCGACAAUGUCCGGGAGAAUGCUUUAUACGAUUACAACUACACCUUUGGGGACGGCGAGGAGGUGAACUUCUUCAUUGGUGCCUUCUACGACGGCGUCUACCUCCUGGGAAUGGCCCUGAACGAGACCCUCACCGAGGGUGGUGACAUCCGGGACGGCGUCAAUAUCACGAGGCGGAUGUGGAAUCGCACCUUCGAGGGCAUCACUGGACAUGUUCGCAUCGAUGACAAUGGCGACCGAGAUGCAGACUAUUCCAUCCUAGAUUUGGAUCCCAUUAACGGAAAGUUUUCCGUGGUGGCUCACUACUCCGGGCUUCAUAAGGAGUAUGCUGCAGUCCAUGGGAAAAAGAUUCAUUGGCCAGGAGGACGCGAAGAGCCACCGCCGGAUGUGCCUCCGUGUGGCUUUCUGGGAAAUUCCCCAGACUGCCAUGGAAAUGAAUCCACUAUCAUGUACUCCAUAAUAGGACUCGCCUUAUUUCUGGGACUGGUCUUUCUGGUUAUUUGUUUGCUUCAAAAACAGAUGAAGCUCAGCAAGGAACUCAACAAUAUGUCCUGGCGCGUCCGACCCGACGACGUUCUCAUCGAAAUGGGCGGCAUGUUCGGCUCCAAGGGAGGUCUUCAACGACUCGACGUGGAGAACAUAUCCCUGCAGCAGUUCGGCAUCCAUUCCGGCCGUGCCUCAAUUGCCAGCUUUACGUCACUGCCCCCGCAGGUGUACACCACCAUUGGACAGUUCAAGGGCGAGCGGGUGGCCAUCAAAAAGGUGAACGUAAAGAAGGUGGAGUUGACCCCGCAGCUUCUUUGGGAGAUUAAGCAGGCGCGGGACGUGAGCCACGAGAACACGGUGCGCUUCGUGGGAGCCUGCAUCGACCUUCCCCGUCCCACAGUGCUCAUUCUCACGGAGUACUGCUCACGGGGUAGUCUCAAGGACGUGCUGGAAAACGAGGCCAUCGAGCUGGACUGGAACUUCCGCAUGUCCCUGAUCCACGACAUCGUCAAGGGCAUGAACUACCUCCAUAACAGCGAUGUGGCUGCCCAUGGGAAGUUGCGAUCGUGCAACUGCCUUAUAGACGGGAGAUUCGUCCUCAAAAUCUCUGACUUUGGACUAAGUACCUUGACCACGCCCUCGGACUUUGUGCGGGAUCAAAACUACUACCUGAAGCUGCUUUGGAUUGCUCCCGAAUUGCUACCACUGACCUCUAUUCCGGGCUGUUGUCCGGCUACGCAACGCGGAGACGUCUACUCCUUUGGCAUUAUCCUGGAGGAGAUUGUGAAUCGCGGUGGUCCCUACCAGGAAGCUCGUCAGCAAAUGGACGUGCACACGAUCCUUCACAAGGUGCGACAGUGCAACGGAUUCCGACCACUUAUCCGGGAGCGUGAGUGUCCGCCGGACCUGCUGGAACUGAUGGAGAAGUGCUGGGCGGAUAACCAGGAGGAGCGACCUACCUUUUCCACGAUUCGCAGCAACAUCCGGACAAUAAUGAAGGGCUUCUGUGAGAAUUUGAUGGAUGAUCUCCUGAACCGUAUGGAACAGUAUGCGAAUAACCUGGAGAGUCUCGUUGAGGAUAAGACGCGGCAGUUAAGUCUGGAGAAGCAGCGCACCGAGGAGCUGCUCUACCAGAUCCUGCCACGUCCUGUUGCCCAACAACUGAUGGCCGGCGAUCUUGUGGAGCCCGAGGAGUUCAGCAGCGUAACCAUUUACUUCAGCGACAUCGUAGGCUUCACGGAGCUGUGUGCCCGGAGCAGCCCCAUGGACGUGGUUAACUUCCUAAAUGAUCUCUAUAGCACCUUUGACCGGAUAAUCGGGUUUUACGAUGUGUACAAGGUGGAGACCAUCGGCGAUGCCUACCUUGUGGUUUCGGGCUUGCCCGAGCCAAACGGAGACAAGCAUGCCCGUGAGAUUGCUCUAAUGGCACUGGACAUCCUGCAGGCAGUCAGCUCCUUCAAUCUGCGCCACAAGCCGGAGUACAAAAUUCAGAUUCGUAUCGGGAUGCACUCAGGAUCCGUCUGUGCCGGCGUUGUUGGCAAAAAGAUGCCUCACUACUGUCUCUUUGGAGACACGGUUAACACGGCGUCUCGGAUGGAGAGCACUGGAUUGCCCGGCAAGAUCCAUGUUUCCUCCGCCACCAAAGCCAUCCUAGACAAGUUCGGUACCUUCCAGAUGGAGCAGCGUGGCGAUGUGGAGCUCAAAGGGAAGGGCACGGUAACCACAUACUGGUUGAACAGCACCACCGAAGCCGAGAUCCGGCCACCUACUCCACAGAUUCUAGCGACCGACGAGGUACCUUUCCCCCUGCUCUUCGCAGGGAUGGGCAAGUAG